AUGAUAACAGCAGAAGAUUUCUACAAAGUCACCUGUGCAAUUGUCCCGCUAUACUUUGCAAUGCUGGUGGCCUACGCCUCUGUCAAAUGGUGCAAAAUAUUCACACCGGAGCAGUGCUCCGGCAUCAACCGCUUCGUCGCGGUUUUCGCCGUUCCGGUGCUGUCUUUCCACUUCAUAUCCCAAAACAACCCUUAUCAGAUGGACACCAAGUUCAUAUUGGCUGACACUUUCUCUAAGCUCUUGGUCCUUGCUUUGCUCUCACUUUGGGCAAUUUUCUUCAAGGCAGGAGGGCUUGACUGGCUUAUCACUCUCUUCUCACUGGCCAAUCUGCCCAAUACACUGGUCAUGGGCAUCCCUCUGCUCAAGGCCAUGUAUGGUGAUUUCACUCAAUCCCUCAUGGUUCAAGUGGUUGUGCUUCAAUGCAUCAUAUGGUACACACUUUUGCUCUUCCUCUUUGAAUACAGAGCAGCCACACUACUCAUCCAAACCCAGUUCCCGGGGCCCACCGCCGCAGCCAUAACAAAGUUCGAAAUCGAUGACGACGUUAUCUCCUUAGACGGCCGAAACCCGCUUUGUACGGAGUCGGAAACCGACGAUCACGGCCGUAUCCGGGUCCGCAUCCGACGCUCCACGUCAUCAGUCCCUGGCUCCUCAGCUCUAUCAUCCUCCAUGGGUCUCACUCCCAGACCAUCAAACCUUUCCAACGCCGAAAUUUUCUCAAUCAACACACCUCACCAUGCAAACCAUGACUUCACGUUGGGGCAUGGUGACGUGGCGUUUGGGUAUCGAUCCGCAAGCCCUCAAUUUUCCACCGGGUACGCGUCCUCUGACGCGUACUCUCUACAGCCGACGCCACGUGCGUCGACUUUUAAUGAAAUGGACACGACGACUGUCGCCACCACGGCCAACACUCCGGUUUGGGGGAGGUCUCCUGUGGCCGGAAAGUUUUCCCAGCAGCCUUCGCCGGCGUUUAGCGGCGUGAGGAUGGUGUGGGAGUCGCCGGUGAAAUGUGAAAGUGGGGAUCAGAUACAACAAGGUCGCAAAGAGGUUGGAGAGAAAGAAAUCAGCUUCAGAGACUGCACCAAAAUCCCAAUGCCAGAGGAGGCAGAUACGAAGGCCGCAGCAACUAAUCAAGAAAUGCCAAGUGCCCUAGUCAUGCUAAGGCUUAUACUAAUCAUGGUUGGAAGAAAGCUUUCCCGCAACCCAAACACAUACUCAAGUGUCUUAGGCCUUGUCUGGUCUCUCAUCUCAUUCAAGUGGGAUGUGGGGAUGCCGAAUUUGGUGAAAUAUUCCAUAAAAAUAAUAUCCGAUGCAGGACUGGGGAUGGCUAUGUUCAGUUUAGGGUUGUUCAUGGCCCUUCAGCCUCGGAUUAUUGCGUGUGGCACGAAAAGGGCAACAAUGGGGAUGGGGAUCCGUUUUAUUUGUGGGCCUCUUCUUAUGUCUGCUGCCUCUGUCGCCACUGGUCUAAGAGGAGUAAAACUUCAUGCUGCCAUAGUUCAGGCAGCGCUUCCACAAGGAAUAGUACCAUUUGUCUUUGCUAGGGAAUACGGGCUGCAUCCUGACAUUUUGAGUACAGGGCUUUUGCUAGCUUUCAUUGUGUAG